UAUGAUCAAAUUACCUCACAGUUAAAUAGUUGAUUUUCUCAAAUCUUCGGUGUUCAAAAACUUUUUACAACUAAAUGGAAAUGAAUUUUCACAUUGAAAAAAAUAAAAUCAUCAAAUAUAUAAGUAUCAGUAGAUUUUCUAUUGUAAUAUUAAUCGGCUAUAAGGAAAACAUUUUAUACUAUAAAUAUUUCCUUGUAGCCGGUGAAAACUUUUUUCCGUUUUUCUUUAAUCAAAUUAAUCAUUUUUAUUCAUUGUCUUGAAGGUCGGGUGUUAACAUUUUCCUGAUUCUUUCACUCAAUAUCAUUACUUUCGUUUCUCUUUUUAAUCAUAACUUCAAAUUAUUUUUGAAGAAGAUACUUCAUCGAUAAACAAUCCGCAUUAUCUAUCUUAAUUUUUUUAGAAGAGCUGUAAUUCGCUCUAAAAUGAUGUAUUAUCGUAAGAAUGCAGCACUUAGUUAUGGAGACAAUUAGGUGACCAUGACCAUAUUUCCAUAAUCCAACUGAAAAAUAGUGAUUCUCCUUUUCCUGGCAUCAUGGCAUCAUCUCUUCGCCACAUUGCCACAGAACCUGGGAAUCUCAACCACAAGAUGAGCACUUCAGCUUCAGAGAAAGGUUUAAAUGAGUUACAAAUUCGCGACAGAAGAAAAAGUCCUAGUCGAACUUCUGAUUCCGAAUUGAGCGUUGGUACAAACAGCCUUUCCCAUAGUUCUCAUCAUUCUGAAUCUACAUCACAUAGUAAACCAGCUUUAAAAUUACCUUUAAAUUCCUCAUCAGAAGCUCCAAAUUCAGCUCCCAUUGUCACAAAUGGAGAAGAGAAGAUAUCUUCAGCUAUGCAAAUGCAAAAAUCUCACAGAGGAAGUGAGUGGGAAAUUUUAGAAGGUCUAAAAGAUGGUAAAAUAUGUGAAACAAAGCCUGGCAAAUUUGAAGGAUACUUAAUGAAAAGGAGAAAAUGGCCACUCAAAGGUUGGCACAAACGCUAUUUUCUGUUGGAUAAAGGAAUUUUAACUUAUACAAAAACAUCGAAUGAAAUGACGCGAGGCAAGAUACUUGGCUCUGUUGAUGUUGGCUUGUCUGUAAUUUCAACUAAAAGUCAAAGACGGCGUAUUGAUAUAGAUGCUGAAGAACAUAUUUAUCACUUAAAAGUUAAAAAUCAGACUCAAUUCCAAGAGUGGGUUAAUCAACUACGCCAUCACAGACUUUACCGUCAGCAUGAAAUAUCAUUUGGAACACGAGAAGCUCCUAAGAUUACUACUCCUGUUGAUGAAAUGCCUGGUGGAGUACCUUUCCCUGUCUCAUAUACUCCACCUGUCAGUAGCAUUCAGGAUGGGUCUGCUUGGCAGAGUAGUAGACAUAGUUUAAUUCGAAGUCCAAUUUCUCAACAGAGUCGAGUAGCAGCAUGGAUUUUAGAUUCAUCGGCAAUUGAUCAAGGCAAUAAAGAUUUAUCAAGUUUGCAAGAUAAGCUCUACCAACUUGAAACCAUUAUGCAACAGUUAGAAUUAAGUACUAGCACUCUUAUAGAUGGACAAGUAGAGAUUUCUGAUAAAGAACCAGUUGUUACUAAAAAAGAAAGAAAACGCUUUCAUUUGAAAAAGAAGAGCAAAAAUCAAAAGAUAUCAAGUUCCAAUAACCAGAAUAGUAAUAAAAGUAGCAAAUCUAACAAACAAAAUGUUGCAAUAAUAGUUUCAAAAGAUGCCUCAUCUGCUUCUUUUAACAGCACUGAUAAUAUUCCUGACCUGUCUGAAAACUCAAAUAAUGAAAGAGGUACUGGUGAUUCAGGGUUGCCUAUAUCUGAGAUGGCUCAUCUUAGCUGUUCACAUCCUUCCUUAGCAAGUAGUGAAGAUAUGAAUCGUCCACAUAGUUUAUCCGAUUCUGUGUCAUUAACAUUGUGUUCACUACCAGAACCUAGUCUGUCUUCCAGUCCAAAUAGUCUUUCUAAGUACAGAGAAGAAUUUUUAGUUUUAGCAAAAGAAGUUCAUAGUGGUCUCAGGUCUGUUGUUCGUAGUUUACAAACAGAAAGGGAGAGAUUAAAACAGGUUUUAGAAGCUGAGAGUGUAACAUGUAGCAGCAGUAGUGGUGCUCUUAUUGCUAGUUUAAGAAAUACCCUAAACCAAACUAUUCAACAAAACAAAGAUCUUAAAGCAAAGCUGUUAGAAAUUCAUAAUAUUACUGACGUAAGCAAUAUUGUUCCUCCAGCAGGUACACCUGCUGGAGAUAAUGAUGAACCAACACUCAUUCAUCAACCUCUACAGCCUUCCCUGUCUCACGAAAGCUCAUCUGUCCUGUCUGCUUCUGAAUUUUUUGAUGCUGCUGAAAACUUCUCUAACUGUAGCACAUCUUCUGAGGGCUCUUUAUCAGAAGAGGGUGGUAGCUUUUUGAGUGAUGUAUCAGAUGAAGGAACUGAAUAUACUCCUAUACCUAGUGUGACUGAAGUGCCUCCAACCCCGACCUGUGGUACAGGACGGCGGUCAAAACUUCCAGCUCCUAAACCAGACAUGGGAGAUUUUAGUCUCUGCAAUCUUCUUUUUAAGAAUAUUGGAAAAGAUUUGAGUAAAGUUAGCAUGCCUGUCACUUUAAAUGAGCCACUCAGUGUAUUGCAGCGACUUUGUGAAGAACUUGAAUAUUGUGAACUUUUGGACAAAGCAGCAGAAACUGCUGACAAGUAUGAGCGUAUGGUAUAUAUAGCUGCAUUUGCUGUAUCAGCUUACAGUUCAUCUUACCAUAGAGCUGGUCAUAAGCCUUUCAAUCCUGUUUUAGGAGAAACAUUUGAAUGUAUAAGAGAAGACAAAGGCUUUCAGUUCAUUGCAGAACAGGUCAGCCACCAUCCUCCAGUCUCAGUCUGCCAUGCAGAAUCAAAGAACUUCAUAUUUUUGCAAGAUAUGAGAAUUAAAACUAAGUUUUGGGGAAAAUCCAUGGAAAUUUUACCACAAGGAACAAUUCAUGUCUACUUACCAAAAACGAAUGAUCAUUAUCAGUGGAACAAAGUUACAACAUGUGUGCACAACUUGUUUAGUGGACAACGGUGGGCUGAUCAGUAUGGUGAAAUGGUUAUUACUGAAGAAAAUGGAGAUGCAACUUGUAAACUAACAUUUUUAAAAGCUAGUUAUUGGUCAAGUAAACGUCAUGAAGUUCAAGGAGGCGUAACUUCUAGAGAUGGAAAAAUGGUUCAUAAUCUCUAUGGAAAAUGGACUGAAGCUUUGUAUUGUGGUGUUGGUAGAUCUCAAAAAUGUAUCUGGAGACCAGGUACCAUGCCUGAAGACUACGAAUUAUAUUAUGGGUUUACGCGAUUUACAAUUGAACUGAAUGAACUUGAUUCAGAACUAGAAAAACAAUUACCUCCAACUGAUACAAGGUUUCGUCCUGAUCAAAGAUUUCUUGAAGAAGGAAAUAUUUCUGCUGCUGAAAUGAGUAAACAACAAAUAGAACAGUCACAAAGAGACAGAAGAAAGCGCCGAGAAGAGUUAGGCAUAGAAUAUAUUCCUAUGUGGUUUACGAAAUUAGAGCUUGACGAUGGAAAAGAACAGUGGGUUUUUACUAAAAAGUAUUGGGAUGUAAGAAUUAAUCCUGGGUUUAGCAAUAUAUCAUUUCCUGAAAAGUUAUGGUAGCCAUAAGGGAAAGUGCUACUGAAUCCAGUCUUAUUGUGUAUGCAAUGUUGAGAUUUACGUGUAAGUAAAUAAAUAAAUAUAUAUAAAUACAUAUAUAUAUAUUUGUAUAGAUACAGUUAGUAUAUAUAGUAAAUAUAUAUAUAUUAAAGAUAUAAAUAUAUAAAGCAUAUGAACUUGGCAGGUUCAGAUGCACUCGUUAAAAUGUUUUGUUAUAAAGAAAUAUCUAGCACUUUAUGUAUUCAUAUUUCAUCUGGUUUUGCGGUGAGACUGCAAGCAUAUCUGAAAAAAACGGUAGACAGAAUGGACAAAAAGUGAUGAAAUUGUGAAAUUUCUGUAAAAUGAAAUUUCAUUUUGGUACUUAAUAAAAAAAGUAUUGACUUUUAUGUGAUAUAUUAAAACGAGGCAUCACAUUGUGUUUUAUGAUGCUUUUAUUAUUUAUAUAUCUCUUUAUAUUUGUUGAUUUUUUUAAUUAUUUUAUUGAUAAAUGAUCAAAAUUUAUUGUAUUAAAUUUUAUUUUGAUUUUUAGAAUGUUUAUUGAAAUCAUUGUUAUGACAAGUUCUACUUAGUGAUUCAUGUAGUUUGUGAUUUUAUUAUGAUUUGAGAUCUUUUGAAUUUUUGUUAUUUAUAUUUUGCUGCCAAAGCAUAAUAUUUGUUUAGUUGUGAUCUUAAAAUUUGUUUUAAUUUUCGUUUUGUUCAAAUCACUGGAAGUAGCAUGUAUAUUAUAAUUGCUCAACUUUUUAAACCAGAAAUGUGUUACUACUUAAGACAAAAUAUUUAUUUUUUGAAUUAAGUGAAGAUGUAGAAGUACUUACUACAAUGACUAUUGAUCCCUUGUUUUUGAAUGACAUUAUUUUAAGAAGUUGGAUCUACAAAGUAAAAAACAAGUUUUAAAUUUAACAAAAAUAUUCUAAAUAAAUAAAAAGAUUCAAAGUACACAUAUUAUAGUAUAAUAUACAGUGUGAUUUCAGAAUAAAUUAAAAUAUCAAAUGAAAGAAAAAGUCUUUGUAUUAGAAUAAAUAAAAUAUGAAAGUAGCAAUGAAGGCACAAAUGAAAUUAGUUGAAAGCAUGCAGCUGUUUUGAUACUAUUAUCACACAUCUUUGUCAUAAAUAACAGAGAUGGUACCCACUGCCUCAAGGCAAACAGAAAAGCUGUUAAAGAUGCUUGAAAUUUUAAGUAUAAAUAACUUUUCAAUUCAAAAUUACCCAAAUGAAUGAUUUCCCAGAUAAAAUAUUUCUGUUUCUCUAACCUUUGCAUUCUCAUAAAGUUUGUGUCUAAUUCAACAUCUAUAAAUUUAUACUUGGGUCAACCUUGAAUACUAAGAUUCUAAUGUUUUACUACUAUUACUUAGAACUUUAAGUAAAUUCUUUUAAAGAGAACACCAACGGAUUAGUAAAUUGUUGAAAUUUUCGAAUAAUUUUAAAAUAUGCAAGAUGUUGAAAAUUUAUGUUUUUAAUAUUUCAUAGAGUGACAUAAGUAAAAAAUGCAUAAAAUGUAAUAAAUCAAAUUCACAAAUUAUCAUUUUUAAAAGCAAGGAAGGUGUUGUCUUAGUUCACAGAUUAUAAACCUGAAAAAUAUUGUAAUCAAAUCUUGUUUAUCUGUAGACAUAUCAAACUAAAUAGUUCAUGGAAUUUGGCCUUAAUAUUAAGGUUUUUUUUUCUUUUAGUUAAAAAUAUCAAUAUUAAUUUCUUUGAAAACUAAUAUAAUUCUUUAAAAAUACAGUAAAUUUUUUUCUAAAAUUAUUUAAGUUUUCCAAGCAGAAAUCUAAAGAGGCAACUUAACAAAAUCAAAUAAAUAGACAGGUGAAAUUUUAAAUGGCUCAAAUCACAUUUAUCAUUAACAGAGUCUUUCUUUCUUUUUGUAUUUUUCUUUCAUGCUGAUGAAAAUUAUUUAUUCUGCAUGUUUGCUUCAGUGCUUCAAGUUCCUUAACUUGUCACUGACUAUCAGUACUUAUACAGAAAAUAAAGUGAGAGAAGUAAAAGGCUUCAUUCUUUGUUUUGGCAGUCAUGAUGGUACUUAGUUAUAGGUUUGAAAGAACUCUAUGUCUUUAUUUUCAUUCAUUAUGUUGUUUACAUUUAAUAAGUUCAAGUAUUUAAAACUUGAUUACUAGAAAACUACCAGGUAAAAUACAAAACAAUUUCCCCACAUGGAAAGAUAACCUAAAAGUGUGAGUGUAAUCUCUAUAAUUUCCAUUAACCAUAUAACUAUCUAAUCUAAACUUAGUUUCGAGUACAAGCUGUUAGCUUUCCUACAUGGAAAACUAGUUUCUUCACAUGUCAUUCAAUAGAAUUUAACUGGAAAACUUUUAUACAAUUUGUUCUAGUAGCAAAUUAGUUAAAGCGUCAAAAAUACAAAUUAAAAAAAAAAAGAUAUAAUGCUUUAAAAAAGAACUUUUUCAUAUGAAAUAAACUUGAGCUCUUAAUAUGAAAAAAAACUUAUUUAAAUGAAUUUCAGAAACAGUUUUGAAUUUAUUUUGCAUCAAAUUAAUUCAAAACUCACUUAAAACUUUUUCAUUCCUUAAAAUAUGUUCAAAAUUUAUAUUUUUAAUGAUGCCCAAAUUUAACUUCACAACCUUGUUAAUGUUGCUUGGCAUAGAUAUCCAUGAUAUUUGAUGCAACUUGAACCAAUAUUUUGCUAGUAAUAAAUUUCCUAAAAUUUAAACUUAUUUUCUAAUUAUCCUGCAUUUAAAAUUAAAUAAUUUGAUUUUAUAAAGUGAAAUCAAUAAAUAAAUUAUCUUUUUUCUUAAUUUUUUAAAGAAAUUUAUUGUGAAUCAUUUUAUUAAGUUUACAAAAUAUUUAAGGAUUGAUACAAUUGCAAUACAAAUGAUACUUCUGUAUUUUUUUUUUUUUUUCAAUUUAAGAAAAGUUGGACUUUCUUGAUGUCACAAGACACAAAUUCUCUUGUAGAAAAACUUAUGUACAAUUUACAAAGCUAUGUAAAUUGCUAUUGCGCUUUUCUUACAUUAAGUCUUUUUGUAGGAAGUUAGAUUUAACAAUCAUCUAUCAUAAAGUGUUGCUUACUUAUUUAUUGUUAAUAUUUACAUGCCUUACUAAUCUAAUCUAAAUUGGAACAAUGUGUUGAAUCUUGCAUUUGAGUAAAGUUUCCCUGAGUACAAUGUGAUGAAUAUUUUAUAUAAAAAUUUAAAUUUUUCUAUGCAAUAUUAAUUCCUCACAUAACACUGUAAAAUAAUUUCAGCUGUGAAUUUAAGCCUUAUUUAUGACAAACGAACUAAUGAUUUUGUGAAAAAUCUCUUUGUUCCAAAUAAUUGAUUAUAUUUAUAAGAUUUUAAAAUAGUGGUAGCGCCAAAACUUCUUUGAAGGAGUAGUCUUUGUUUCCCAACAGGAAGGCACUAUAUAUAUAGAGAGAGAGUGAGAGAGACAUGGUGCCGUAUGUAUGUAUGACAUUUGAAAAAUCUUCAAAAUUCUCACUUGUCCAAAUAAAACUUUUACUUUAAGGCCUAUUAAUUAAAGCAUAUACUUACUAUGAAUCUAUCGAAAAAAGAAAAACAUUAACGUUAUAUUUGCCUCAACACUUCUAGUAUAAUUCAAAAGUAUCAAGUAUUAUUUAUAGAGAAGUUGCAAGUAUUAUGACAAGUCAAUAUUUAGAAAGAAUAAGCAUUGGAUGAAGCAUACACAGAGCAUUAAUAUUAACAAAGAAGAUCAAUUUUUAUAGAUAUACAGUGACUUGCUUAAGACUAAUAAUUACAAAGAGUAUAGUGUUGAACCAUAGCUAAUAGACUAAAUAUCAAAUUUUUUUCUUUAGAAAUG